UUAAAGGGAUUACGAAAUAUGGAAGAUGAAGUCGAUCGCAGAUUGAAUGCGGCUUUGGAUGAAGCUGUCGAUGAAUAUUUUGAAGAUACAUACAACAACAUUGCGAACAACCAAACUAAGAAACAGAGCAAACGUGCAUAUGUCGAACGCAAUCGCGAAGAGGGCCAUACCCGACUAUGGAACGACUACUUUAGUGAAAAUCCGACAUUUCCCCCAAAUUUUUUCAGACGGCGUUUCCGCAUGAACAAGGCAGUUUUCAUGCGUAUCGUCGAUCGUCUCUCGGAAAAUUUUCAAUUCUUUCAGCAAAGAAGAGAUGCGACAGGGAGGUUAGGUCUAUCUCCACUACAAAAGUGUACGGCGGCAAUUCGCAUGCUUGCUUACGGCUGUGCUGCUGACGCCGUUGACGAAUAUCUCCGACUUGGAGAAAGCACAGCACUUUCAUGUUUAAGCAAUUUCACAGAAGGCGUAAUAUCUUUAUUUGGAGAAGAGUAUCUACGGAGGCCCACUCCAGAGGAUCUCCAACGACUACUCGAUAUUGGAGAGAUUCGUGGCUUUCCGGGAAUGGUAGGAAGCAUCGACUGCAUGCAUUGGGAGUGGAAAAAUUGCCCAACCGCCUGGAAAGGACAGUACACACGUGGAUCAGGAAAGCCAACAAUUGUCUUGGAGGCCGUAGCUUCACAAGAUCUUUGGAUAUGGCAUGCUUUUUUUGGUCCUCCGGGUACAUUAAACGAUAUUAACGUUCUCGAUCGGUCUCCUGUUUUUGAUGAUAUUUUACAAGGUCGAGCUCCAAGGGUACAAUAUGAGGUCAACGGACACCAGUACGAUUUGGCAUACUACCUCACAGAUGGCAUAUAUCCAAAAUGGGCAACAUUUAUCCAAUCUAUAUCAAACCCUCAAGGGCCUGAAGCCGAGUUAUUUGCAAAAGUUCAGGAAUCAACCAGAAAAGAUGUGGAGCGUGCCUUCGGAGUAUUGCAAGCUCGAUUUGCAAUAGUUAAAAACCCGGCUAUUUUGUGGGAUAAGACACAAAUAGGGAUGGUAAUGCGAACAUGUAUCAUAUUACACAAUAUGAUAGUAGAAAAUGAACGCAAUGGAUAUACUCAAUAUGAUACAUCUGAGUUUGAAGAAGGAGCCUCGAGUAGAAGUUCACAGGUGGAUAUGUCAUUUUCUCCCGCGGCUUCAAAUCUCCGUACUAUGCUUGACAUACGGCGACGUGUUCGUGACCCGCACAUACAUGCACAAUUGAAAUAUGAUUUGAUUCAAAACAUUUGGAACAAGUUUGGUAAUGAUGAAGAUGUUUAG